AUGAAGGGUUUGCCCUUACCCUCUGAUUUUGGGGGUAAAGGGGUUUUGGAUUUGGAGCUGCUCGUAAAGAACAAAGCUUUUUUCACUGCCGGAGCAGAAGUAAUAACGGCUUUGGAGAGCCUACGUCGGUUCUGGAUUCCACAAUUUCCGGCGGGAACACGACUUCCUCAACCCCCUCUUCGUCUCACGGCGGCGGGGGCAGCGGCGGCGGAGGCGGUGCUUCCACCGACACCGCAGGGGUGGGGGCGGUUUCGGNCAGACCCGUCUCCCAUAAGCUCCAAUGCAGGCGGAGCUGAAUCUGACCUUCUUCCAGUGCCGCCGUGUCUUGAAUUCGGAGCUAACGGUGGCGGAGUCGGUGGUAGCGCUUUGGAGAACCUGUUCUCGACCUUGCCCCCGGCCCAGGAGCAGUCCAUUUUCCGGUGGAUUAUGGGGGAUGCUGGGGAGGAGUCCACAAUGGGUAAUGUUAGUAGGUCCCUACAAAUCGGCGUUGAGGGUCCAAGUGCGUCGGAGUUUGAGUUUUCCGGCGGAUUUGGGAUUGUGGAUCCAGGAGACCCAUUUGGUCCGAAUUCGCUGUCCGCAGGUUCCAGUCUCCCUAACAGAUCUGGUGCUGAAAAGACCGGUUUACCCUCGGAUCUCCUGCAACCUCCUGCCUUCUAUUCUUCCUCAGAACUGAAACCUCUCGUCUUUAAUCCCAAUAACCCACACCAGGCUCGGCAUACUCCAAACCCUUCAUUUUUCAUACCUCUUCACAAUGAACAGUCUUCUCUCGGGCCGCCUCAGGCGAAGAGGCCUAACGUUAAAGGGUUCGUCAAUGGAUGCCUGGGCCCAAAUUGGUCUUAUACUGAUGCCCACCAGGAACUACAACAGCCACAGCAACUCCAUCACCACCUUCAGUUGCUUCCUCACUAUCUUCCACCUCAGGUGCCAACCAGGCCGGGCCCUAACCUGAUAAUUGGCCCCACGGAUGAACCCGUUCAAAUUCAGACGAUCAUCAACCAGAUGUACAACGUGGCGGAGUUAAUCCAGACGGGGAAUUUCAUACUCGCGCAAGGGAUAUUGGCGCGGCUCAAUCACUUUCUCUCUCCUGCAGGCAAGUCUUAUAUUCGGGCCGCCUUCUAUUGCAAGGAGGCACUGGAAUCACUCCUCGUCAUGAACAACAACGUCGACACGGAUACUCGUCCCCCAUCUGACCUUAUUUUAAAAAUCGCCGCCUACAAAUCGUUCUCUGAAAUUUCUCCACUGGUCGAAUUUUCCAACUUCUCCCGCAAUCAGGCUCUCCUGGAAGCCUUCGAGGGGCUCGACCGGAUUCACAUUGUCGAUUUCGAUAUUGGGCUAGGGGGGCAGUGGGCCUCCCUGAUGCAGGAGCUCGCGCUGAGGGGUGAGGCCCGACCCGCACUGAAGAUCACCGCCCUCGUCCCCCCUCGGCACUUGGGUCACACCCACCUCGAGCUCUGUCUCGUCCGGGAGAAUUUAUUCCAAUUUGCUGGCGAGAUUAAUAUCGAGUUUGAAUUUGAGGUCUCAAGUAUCGACUUGUUUCGCGUGUCAGGCAAUGAGGCGGUGGGCGUUAAUCUCCCGAUUUAUUGCUUGGCCGAAUACGAUCUCCCGCUGCCUCUGGUCCUCCGGUUCGUGAAGCAGAUGUCUCCGAGAGUCGUGGUGACCGCGGACGGGGGAUGUGAAAUGACAGAUUUGCCCUUUGCAGGCCACGUGGUACGCAACCUGCAAUCGUGCUUGAACCUCCUCGAGUCCAUAGAUGCUGUUGGUCUGGAUUUGGAAGGUGUGCAGAGGAUAGAGAGAUUCUUGAUUGGGCCGAGAAUGGAGAAAAGUAUGGUGGGCCAUUUCCGUAGGCCUGGGAAAUUGGGGCACUGGAGGGACAUGUUUGCUUCUUCGGGCUUUUCGCAGGUGGGGUUCAGCGACUUUGCUGGGUUCCAGGGGGAGUGCAUCGUGAAAAGGGCCCGGGCACGGGGUUUUCAGCUGGAGAAGAGACGGCCCUCCACAUUCGUGCUUUCCUGGAUGCAUAAGGAGCUCAUGUCCGUUUCGGUAUGGAGGUGCUGA